UACUGUAAUGUCAGCAUCGUAAAUGUUUAAACAAAAGUGACAAAAUAUGAAGACACAAACGAUAAUCUGUACUACUGUACUGGAAUCCUUUAACAUAAUUCAUAUGGUUUACAUUAUUGAAGGUAACGCGCGCCGACUCCAGGAGGUCAGGACUCGGUCAGGUGCUGAUGUACAGGUUGACCCCAACCCAUCAUCCGUACCUGACAGGAAGACUGUCAUCAUCAAGGGUGACCUUAAACAGAUCGACCAUGCUGUCAGGCUCCUCAAUCAGAUGACUGGAUCGCAGGAAGAUGUUUUACAGCGAGCACAGGAGUUUUUGGUUAAAAUGGGUUGAGGCCGCCUUCCCUGACUUUGACUCACAGGCCUACUUCCUGCCUCCUGUCUACAUCAACCGCGUGCCCAUGACUAGCGAGACCAUUGCUGGUCAGGAUGUUCUUGUCCUUCAGAAACCAUCUGGACAGGCGGGUCAGUCCUGCAAAGUAUCGGUGAAUCCAUCUCCCGCUGCUAAAAGUUCCAUUCCUCAACCUACUUCAGUUCAGGACAGUGAUGUUAGAGAUGAUGCAGCCAUGCAGCGCAUUUUCCUUUGUCUGCAGAAAAUGUCUCAACAGAACAGUGAACUGUUUGUUGCAAUGAGUCAACUUCAGUUCGGGGAGUACCUGGGAGAACCUUGUUAUGCUGCUGCAGCAGCCCAGGUGCCCUUAGCUAGAAGUCUUCCCCCUUCUCUGCCGAAAAAUUGGGAAAAGGGCGACUUUGAUGUGCUUCUUAUUCACAGGGAGUACGGUUUUGUGGUCUGUGAGGUGAAGGCUGUUGGUGACAACGUAAGAGAGCUUUGUCUGUCACAGCAGGAUAUGGAAAACAACAUCCGAAAGAAACUAAAACAAGCCAUCGAUCAACUGGACAAGGCGGAGGCCAUGUUGUCUCACCUGGUGUCCGACAUCGCUCCCGGUCUGCGCAUCACCAAGACCAUCGCUGUCCCAAACCUCACGGCUCAUCAAGUAGAGCAGGCAAUCGCUGGUGACAAACAACUCACUCAGGACCUGUGUCGCUGCCUUGGAAAACACAAACAGAGAUGCCGCCGGCGCGGCUGGUCUUUGUUUGACUCUGAUCAGUUGUCUGACCCAAGACACGUGGGACGUCAGUAG